AUGUCUGACCCGACAGCAAGCACGAUGGCCUCUACGGAUUCAGGUGCAAUUCCCUCCCUCGACAGCAGCAUUGGUGCAUUCAUCAUCGGGACAUUCAUCGGCUUGAUACAGUACGGAUGGACAGUCCACCAAUGUUACCACUACUUCCGAGCGUACCCAGAGGACAAGCGGCUGUUGAGAAUUCUUGUUAUCCUCGUUCUGAUAUUAGAGACGUUACAUAGCAUCAUGUGCGCCCACGCAUGCUAUUGGAGUCUCGUCAUCAACUACUUCAAACCUGCAGCACUCCUGAGUCUGGACACGUGGUCCGCGCAGGCCUUUGGCCUCAUCUCAGGGACGACCAUCUUUUUCACUGAUGUAUUCUUCAUACAUCGGGCGUACAUAAUCGGCGGCCAGCGGCUACGGCCUCUUGUAUUCAUUGCGGCUGCUAUGGCUGUGAUCAUGCUUGGAUUCUCCUAUGGAUCGAGCAUCGUCCCCAUCGUGAUUAACGCAAGACACGAGAGAGGCGGACUUCAGGGAACGUUCCUUUCGUGGCUAAACUCCGCGACGACUGGUGCCUGCACCGCGGCCGAUAUCUUGCUCGCGUUUGUUCUGACGGUCUCGCUGUACAGAUCUCGAUCCGGGAUCAAAAAUACGGACUCGGUGAUCGACACAUUGGUUAUGUACACGAUAACGACAGGCUCAUUGACAUGCAUUGUCAAUCUUUGUUCGUUUGUCAUGGCAAUCGUCCGCCCAAGAGACCUCAUCUUCGCCUCAAUCGACAUAGUGGGGACCAAACUGUACGCAACCUCAAUGAUGACCGCGUACGUGCCCACCGCCGUGUCUCCACCAAGCGCUCCCUCUGACUCCGUCCGAACGCCGCUCCGCUCCCUCGCCGCGCACGCCCCCUCGCAGCCUGAACUCCCGCCACACGCUCGCCCGCCGUCUGCGAACGCCGUCGACCUCAACGUGCUCGAGCUGUCCGACGUGGGCGCGUGGACGACUUCGGGCGGCGGCGCGGGCGACACGCGCUGCACCAUGACCUUCGCGCCGCAGAAGACGGCGACUCGGCGUCUCCUCCGGUGGGCGCAGCUCGCGCCCGGACUGCACGCUCGGCGGACGCUUCGACGGCUGUGCGAUGGAGCCACCCUCCUGGGACGGCGUGGGCAGGACGACAAGGUCGUACCGAUCGCGGUCUUCUGA